AUGGCCCCAACCAGCUUAUCUCAUCGGCAAACCCACAAUUUGCUGUUGAUUUCCAAGCUUCUCGGCCACCGUGAUACCGCGUCACCCCUCACCUUACUCAUAGAUUCCUUGGAACAGCCUGCGACUCCAUUGAUCAAGGAGUAUAUCAGACGCGCAAAGAUCUCCAAAGUCCAUGUUACACUCAUCGCAUUCGAGACCCUCAAACCAUUAGAUGGAGUUGAUUCAUUCAUCUUUGCCCGGAGAAAGAACCCCUCGGAGAUCGCGAAAGAAGUUGCUGCGGCUCAGCAGAAGACACCUACCCGGCGCCUCAUCUUGAUCGACUCGAUCAAUCCUCUUCUCCGCGCCCAGCGAGCCAAUGCGCACUUCCACCUCCCUACUUUCCUAAGCUCCUUUUUGAUACCGUCGAGCCCCUCUGCGCCCAAGGGUGAUACAUCACUCGUCGUGAACUUCCAUAACGAUGUCCCAAACCCUCCGACCCAGUCACCGUACCAACCCUCGCCACUGUCCACCUUGAGCUUCCUAGCGACAACCGUAAUCACGCUACACUCUUUCUCCCAUAUAUUGGCCCAAAAAGCCGCUCGCGAUCGCAGUCUGGCAGCGCCUGUUUUCGGGCUCGCCGAGGAGCAAGAUGGUGUCCUCUUGGGCCGACUGGAUAAGCCGAUCGGCAACGAGUCCACGCAAGGGAUCGUCCUGGAGAUGGAACACCGCCGGAGAAGUGGACGUGGCGUUCUGGAAUGGUACAUCCUACCCCCCGCUUCGAGCUACCCGCCCAACCAGCUCAAAGAGAUUGUCACCUUGCUCGACGAUCAUCCGCUGUAUCGACCUCCACAGGAUCCAAGCGCCCAGGAAGGCGAGGAGGAACCGCAGUCCACUUUUGAACUAGGUCUGACCGACCGGCAACGAAAGGACAGAGAAGGUGUGGUCCUGCCAUACUUUGAUGCCCAGCAGGGCGAUGGCCCCGGCGAAGGGGGCCGCAUCUUAUACGACAUGGGAGAGGAAGACGAUUUCGACGAAGAGGAAGAUGAGAUAUAG